AUGAAUACUACAAUGGAAGCAAGUGCUGGCCCUGAGAAUGAAACAGGCCAAACAGUCGGUGGUUUGGGGUACGCCCUCGGGCUCUCCGUCGGGAUCCUCGUAAUAUUUGUGAUCACUACAUAUGCCUCCUACAAGUGCACCCGUAGACAAGGCGGUGCUAACCUCAACAACCACCACUUGUCUACCCAGGGAAGCUCUACCGAGGACGACAACUGGUGGCUUCGACGAGGCCUCGAUCAAACCACCAUCUCUUCCUACCCACAAUUCAUAUACUCCCAACUCAAACUCCAUGAAUGUGAAUCCACAUCUUCUGCUUGCUCCAUUUGCUUGGCUGAUUAUAAAGACACAGAUUUGAUAAGGCUGCUGCCUGAUUGUGGCCACUUCUUUCACUUCAAAUGUAUUGAUCCUUGGCUAAAGGUAAAUUCCACCUGUCCAAUUUGUAGAAACUCACCAUUACCAACUCCUCUUGUAGAGGUAAUGGCAAUUUCAACACCUACUCAAUUAUAA